AUGAUGAAUCAUCGUACAGAUAAUAAAAUAUACGAUUUACAUAUGAAUGAAGAAAUAACCAGUAGUUACUUCCAUCUUCCGGAAACAACAUCGUCCACUCCUAAAAGAACCUGUGAUCAACUUAAUAAAUCACAGGAAAAAAGAAAAAAUAGCAGAAAAAAUGAAGUACAUUCUAUGUAUUCAAGAGCAACAUCAACAAAUAUUCAAAAUUCUCCAACAACAAUAAAACUGCUUGCUGGUAAAAAUUACUCAAUUCCAAUUGAUCAACUAAGAAGAGCAGUUGGAAAUAAUCUUCCAUGUUUUUUUAUUGAAUUUGACAAAAAUGUUGCUCCACGUGAUCUCCCAUCAGCAAUUAUAGCAUGUGAUCUUAUUCAGGAGCAUUUUAUUAAAAACAAGAUUAUUAUAAAUGGUUUUUCUGUUGCUGUAUUUAUAGGUCAUCGUUUGAAAUUGGGAGUAAACAAUAUGGAAGAUUAUUCAAAACUUGUACUUUCGGAUAAAUGGCCAACAUUAAUCAAUGGAAAAAAAAACCCGAUCAUUAAACCAAAAUUCGUUCCGGAAUGUUUUACACUUGUAUUGCGGUACAUUCCAAAAUCAUUUUCUACUCAAACUGUAUCUGAAGAAAUUAAACGAUCAAUAAGUUCAGCGGACAACAUUAAACAAAUUAUUUAUUCAUAUAAUCUUACUACAAAUGACUUCCGUUUUACAGUAUCCGACCUGACAGAAUAUAAAGGAGCGUUAAAACUCGGUCGAAUAUCAAUUGGUAAUCGUCUCCAUCCUGUUACAGUAUAUCAACCUGCAAAAAAGAUGACUUUUUGUACUAAUUGCUGGUUAAUUGGUCAUACACGUGCAACAUGUUUGGUGCGGGAACGCAAAUGUCGUAUUUGUUUAAGAGCCAUUCCACGUAACCCACGACCGACUCUGCUCAAUCGAUGUCGUCAGAUCUUGCUCAAUUUAAUAUAUGCUAUAGAGGGAAGAUUUUAUCAACCACACAAAAUACGAAAAAAUCCUGAUUUUUGGUAA